AGCGCGGCCUCACAUCCGCGUCCGGAGCGCAGGUGGGGCUGUGGCUGCGAUAGCGAGGACCGCUCGCCCCUCCUCCCCCCCUGCCCAGCGCACAGCUCCGCUUUUGGUUUCGUUCUGAGCCCUGCAACCCCUGCUGAUUUCCCCGUAUCGCAGCUGCCUGGAAACCCUCCGUCUGCCGUCGGUUCUGCACAGCCAUGGCCACCAUCAGUGACCUCCCCGAGGAUGUGCUGGUGGAGCUGCUGUCCCUGCUGCCCGCCCGGGAUCUGCUCCGUGCAUGCAGGCUGGUGUGCUCCCAAUGGCGAGACGUGGUGGACCUCGCCACCCUCUGGAAGCGCAAGUGCCAACGCGAGGGGUUCUACGUGCAGAGCUUGGACAGGAGCAUCACUGACUGGAAGGUGUUCUACCUGCUGUGCAAGCUGAAGAGGAACUUGAUCAAAAACCCCCGAGCCGAAGAGAACUUUACGCACUGGAAACUUGAUCAGAAUGGAGGAGAUAUGUGGAAGAUCGAGGAUCUGCCUGGACCUCUGGGGAAAGAGCUGCCAGACUCAGAAGUCCACAAAUACUUUGUCACUUCGUUUGGGCCAUGCUUCAAGUCUCAACUGAUUACCCUGCAGGAAGAAGGGUACUGGAAUGAGCUGAUGGAUGAAAAACGGCCUGAAAUUGUAGUCAAGGACUGGUAUGCUGCCAGAUUUGACUGUGGUUGUCGCUAUGAGCUCAGAGUGAGGCUGCUUUCUGAAAACUACAUUGUGCUUGAAGAGUUCUGUCCUGAGCCAGUGGUCAUAGAGCAGUGGAGUGACGCAAUGUGGAGAGAGAUUUCCCACACUUUCAGCAAUUACCCAGCUGGAGUUCGUUACAUCUGGUUUCAGCAUGGAGGCCAAGAUACCCAAUUCUGGGCCGGAUGGUACGGGAUCAGGGUGACAAACAGCAGCAUCACCAUUGGGCCACAGACAUUGAAGGCAAAUGAAGACACAAUAUAAGUGUUUUGUUUUACCUCAGGACUGUGACCAGCUGGUUUCAGGUGCACUUAUUUGCCUGUACUCUCUGGAUGAAUAUCCUGGCUUUGUCUUGCACAGCUGAUGUGGAAUACGAGCAGCUAGCUCUCCUUGUUUGCAAGCAGAACUUCUGCAGGCCCAGCCCUCUGGAAAGACUUCUGUGUUCAUCUGUCCUCCCUCACUGUGGCAGUGACAAUUCCUGGUGCCCUUCCAUAGGAGGAAGACGAGGGCAAUUAAAUAUGACAUCUAAAGUGAACAGCAUUUGGCUGUAGCACAAGUACAUAGCAGUCUUAACUGGAAACUCUUUCUUGCUUAUACAACUUAAUGAAAACAAGGCUAAAAUCUUUCAGUUCGGAUUAUCAACCCUUGUCUCGAGGACUCUGCUACAAACAGACUGUAAUACUAUGGUAUUUUUCUGUUUCAGUUUAAUUACGUGCAUAAAGAUGUAUCUUUCACAGCA